AUGCCUCAGCCAGCUGUCGUCGACAUCCACACCCACAUGUACCCGCCUUCAUACAUCAAACUCCUCUCCUCGCGCUCCACAGUCCCCUAUAUCUACCAUCCAACACCAGCCGAAACUCCAGACUCAGAUCCGCGUCUCAUCAUCCUCGCCUCGGAUGACGACCCGUCGCGCCCCAAAUCCUCGCGAGGAAGACCCGUCGACAGCACAUACUCGUCCUUUGACCAGAAGCGUGCCUUCAUGCGCCGCCACGGCAUUUCCUGCAGCGUCAUCAGCCUGGCAAAUCCCUGGUUGGACUUUCUCGACCCAGACUCCGCGCUAAAGACGGCCCAGGAAAUCAACAACGACCUCGACGCCGCGUGUGCCGAGAACAACGGCUCAGCCUCGCAUGAGGGAUUGAAACUCUUCGCCUUUGGCUGUCUCCCCCUGUCCGCUCCGGCAAGGGACAUCGUGAGCGAAAUCCAGCGAUUGAAGUCCCUCGGCCACGUCAAAGGCGUCAUCAUGGGCACGACAGGCCUGGGAAACGGCUUGGACGACCCGGCUUUGGACGACGUCUACUCGGCCUUGUCCUCCACGGCGACCUUGGUCUUCUUACAUCCGCACUAUGGCCUGCCCGAUUCCGCCUUUGGAGGCCCCGAAGUCGUCGCAAAGUCCGGCCAUGUCCUGCCCCUGGCUCUAGGCUUUCCCUUGGAGACAACCAUCGCCGUGUCCAGGAUGUAUCUAUCUGGUGUCUUCGACCGUCAUCCCCAGCUGCAGUUCCUUCUGGCCCAUUCAGGCGGCACCUUACCAUUCCUGGCGGGAAGGAUUGAAUCUUGUGUGGCACAUGAACGGGAAUUCAUCGCCAAUGGUGGUCACAGGCAAGGUCCCCAGCGGUCAAUAUGGGACGUUCUGCAUACCAACAUUUACCUCGACGCGGUAAUAUAUGGCCAGCCCGGACUGAAAGCCGCGAUUGAGGCAGCAGGGAGCGUGGAUCGAGUGAUGUUCGGGACGGAUCAUCCUUUCUUCCCGCCGUUGGGAGAUGACAAGGAAGCCAAGUGGUUGAGCGUGGAGAGCAACAAAGGGGCCAUUGACGGCUGUUUCCCGGAGGAUGAGGACGCGAAGAGAAAGAUACUGGGUGGAAAUGCCAUCAGAGUGCUCGGUUUGGACUUAUAA